AUGUCACGCCUUCUCAAUCUGCCCAGCGAGCUGCUCGCUCGCACAUUUUCUUAUGCGAAUCGAUCAUCACUAAAGUCGCUGCGCCAAUCCUGCCGUUUCAUAUCACAGCUGGCCACCGAUCAGCUCUACAGGACCGUGCACCUGCAGCCCGGCGAGACAAGCCAAAACGGGUUACAAGAGAUCUUGAACAAUCCCAGUCUACGUCGUCUUCCGCGAAAGAUCUACAUAGACACCGUGGACGAGAGUCUUAAUUACGAUGAUGGAGAAGAGCAAAACUGGCCCCAAGGCUGGGACAACCUCGUCCCGCAAGUGAAAGAAUUGUCUCGGCUGAACGCCGCCGUUCUGUGCUUCGAUAAGGGGUUUACUUCAGACAGCACGGAUCGUGAUUACUUCCAUAACGAGGACUUCCCCCAGACGCCUCAAUUUCGUUUCCAAGCAAUGCAUAAGCUCUUCUCUCUUCUUGAAUCCUUACGGCACCCGAUCCAAGAUCUUGGUAUUCGUAACCUGCAAGCGGAUAACCCCAAAGAUCCGAAAACACUUGCGAAAAUGGGAAAGGUCCUGUCGGGCUUACUGUCCCUUCGCCUAAGCAUUACCAGCGAGACAAAUGACGCCGCUCCUGAGCAUGAUCUCGAGGUAUAA